AUGGCUGGUUAUUUUUGUCCCAGUACCACCGAACUGGACCCGGCAGUCUUCAGCGAUGUCUGCGUCGCCCACAAUAAUGAGGACACCCAAGCCAACUGGAACAUGACUCAAGCUGCAUUCAAAACCUGCUGCAGUCCCAACAACUACGCCUUCACGGACGAUUUUUGCUAUUUCUACUGCAACAUAACGGCACCCCUCGACACCGUGAUGUUUGGGAACUGCCUCGCAGACGCGGUACCGGCAAACUGGGAUUGGAGCCAAUUCGAUUGGGAUUGCUACCCGCUUGCAUGGGAGACGGCAUCGGAUACAAGACCUGGGGAUAUCGCGACGACUUGGACGUAUCCUGACAAUACUUGGACCGACACUAUCACUCUCUCAAAUGGUGUUAUAACGACGGCGACGAUAACUGAUAAUUAUUGGGGGACUCCCUUGACUGCCAUGACUACAUCGUCAGCCAAGGUAUCAUCUAAAGCAACAGGCCCAACGGCGACUAAGACAACGGCUUCCACCGGUACGAAGUCCACCAGCUCAUCCGCCGCACUAACAUCUUCUACAAAACCGUCAGGAGCAGGAUUCGGGGUGCAACUAUCAUGUGGGGCUGUGGCAUUGAUUGCUUUGUCAGUGUUAACUCUUGUAUUCUAA